GCAGAGGCUUGCCAGGCCGCGUAAGGAGCAAGCAGCGGCGUCUCGUGCGCCGCCAGCGUGAUUUUGGCAUUGCUUCACAGUUGUGGUCGCUGUCGCUGUGCGUGGCUGCAGCGUGAUCGGCGCCGGUGCUGUUUAGCUCUCUAUAGCAGUGAGAGGGGCCUCCUUGCGCAGCACCCGUGCGAUGCGGCCAGCCCGCACAAUGGAUGCGAUCAUCAAGCUCGGCGAGCGGCUAAAAAAUCUGAAAUCUCAGACGAAGGAAGCGGGCUUCGGCGGGGAGGGCACGGGUGCGCCGCCGUACGAGCUGACAUUUGGAGGAGUGGAAAGGGCCAUGAUUCAAAUUCCGGGCGCAUAUAUUGAGCAUGGUCCGUCUGAGAAUUUCUUGGCCUCCAUCACGGCGAUGCCCGCCUACGAGGGCAAGUCCUUCGAGGAGCUGCGGCUCGAGGACUACGCAAAGGGUGUAGGCCCCGCGCCGGUCGGCACGCCUAGCAAGCCCAAGAAGAAGAGCUUGAUUCCACGUGCUGCCGCACUCUUCGCCAAGACGGUCCGCCGCAGUCCGUCCAAGGGCGGCAGCGACGCGAAUCUGGCGCCCCAGCGUGGCUGGGGCGCCGUCGACGCGACCUUACCUCCGGGACCGCCGGCCGCCGCGCCGCCGCCACCGGUGGACGCCGCGGCGCUCGCGCGCGACGCGGCGGCGCGCCGCAUCGAGGCCGCGUUAUCACGCGCGCGCGCGGCCGGCGUCCCGGUCACCGUUAACGGGGCAGAGGCGUACGGCCCCGCCUGGGUCGCGAAGUCGGUACGGCAGGCGGCGUUCCCCGAGACGUUCGCGGACCGCGUCGAGAGCGCCAUGGCCAAGCGCGUCGAUGCCGUGCUGUCGGUGCCGUGUCCGCCGAUGCGGCCGGUGCGUAGGAAGGUCACUGCCAGGGCGACGCGGCGAUGGGCGAGUGAGCGGGUCAUGCUCCGGUGCCGCCGCGUCUACUUCGGCACGAAACUGCAGCGCGACGUCACGGUCGUCUUCACGCCGUCCUGCCUCACGCUGGAGUGGCGAGGCAACGACGCUUCGGGAUCAUACAUUGAGGCAAGAAUCGCGCCGUCCCACAUGACCUCGUUCGACAUGCACUACGGCCCGGUGCCUGGCGCGGACGACGACGAAAUGGCGCCGGUUGCGAUCCGCGAUUUUUUUGCCAUCGGCCUGCGCCAGAAGCCACCGCACCUCCGCUCCGUGGAGGGCUGGGAGCCCACCGACGACUGGGGGCCGCGCAAGUACGUCGUCGUCGUCCUCGAGGGCGAGGCCCUCGCCACCGUUAAGCGCGAGGCGGUGCCGGCCGUCGUCUGGGGCGGUCGCCUCGGCUGGCCCGCCGCGCCCGUCCUCGGCACGGCGGCGGCGGCGCGGGAGUUCCUCGAGGGUGUCUCCGUCGUCGAUGCGGCGCUGCGCGGCGCGGCGCUGCGGAAUAGUCUCUGCGAAGCUCCGUCUGCGCGCGGGAAUAUGCUUCUCAAGAGUCAGGCCGCGCGAGCGAUCAUGGACGACCCAUUACUCCGGGAGGCGGCCAUCGCCGGGACGCUGACGCGCAAGAUGGUGCGGAAGGCGCUCAUCGCGCGAUCUGACACCUGCGCCACGGAAAUCGAGGUGAUGAUACUGAAGAUGAGAAGGAGUUUCAAGGACGACAUCAAGGCGGGGAUCCGGACAGCCGCGAAGAUACUGCGCACGCAGGCCCGCCAGGCGCGGCGUCUCUGCGACGUCUGCGGCGGGCGGGGCCCGUUGGACCGGGAGGCCUUCCCCUCAUGCGGCGGGUGCGGCGCGCGGCGCUAUUGUUCCGGCGUCUGCCAGCGGGAUGACUGGGUCGCGGGCGGGCACUCGAGCGUGUGCCCGUGGUGCCCCAACGAGUUGUAA